CUCACUCCAAUAGUCUGUACCCAUUUAUAUUAUAUAUGUAGUCAUACACAAGUGCACGUUUACCUGCAACUCUGCAUUUACAUGCAUAUUUAAGUGUUGUUUUGUUUUAUUCAUCUCACAUUUAAUUUUUGACUUUAUUGUGCAAUCAAUUAAGAAUUUCAUAGUAGUUCUAAACACAUUGGAGGUCACAAAGGAUAAGAAGGUCGAAGCCUAUAAGGUGUUCAAGGACCCUGAGUCCCUGACAAUCGACAAAUUUUCUUGAGUGCGUGCAGUGAUGAUAGAGAGGUUGUAUUGAUGUGGUUGAGGGAUGAGAUGACUAAGCAGGUCUCUAUGGAGCUGAAGUGUUAUGUAUUGGCAGCGUGACUGGUACUUGACAAUACUCUAGAUUAACCGAACAACAGAUUGAGCUAGGGAUUAUAGCCAAAAGGGAUUAUACCCCCAAGGGGUUCAAGUGACAAAGAGGGGAUUAACUCAAUCCAUCCUGGAUUCAAUACCUCUCUGGAAUAAAAACCUGUAAACCGAACAUGCCCCUAGGGAAGUAAUCCAUUGCAAACGAACAUGCCCUCAGGGUUUACUACUGUGUCCGCUCCCACCGGGUCUGCGCAUCAGAGACCGACAAGACUGGGAAAUCCAGAGAUGCAUUUUUCUACCGAUCAGUUGAUCGGCUCGGCGUUCAUUGCCUUUGGGCUCACAUUGUUCGUGUGUUUCUUCUAUGUUGUCGUCGUGUCCAAGCUGCUUCUGCCACAUCAAAAUGGAUUCCUGGCCGCCAUCCAAAACGACUGGUAUUACUGUCUGCUUGUGUCGUUGACGCUUCCUGUAAUAAUUGUGGCUGUCUACCUGCACUAGCUCAGCAUGAAGAUGUUCAAGCACACAUGAAGCAGUCAUGCAGCUUCCUUCCGGUUUCAGAAUCCUGGUCAAAAU